AGUUGCUAUUGGAGGAGAGCCACAAUCCAAACAGGUCCUUUAAAUUUGACGCAGGUGAAGGCGAGUUCGGAAAUCGCCGUGGCCGCUGUUCAGGCCAGCGGAAAUGAUCCCAAACUGAAACUGAAACGCUCGUUUAGGUUUGCGUUUGCGUUUGCUUUGAUGCUCUAAUCUUUUGUUUUGAAAUCUGAAUUGAAGAAAUAACAUAAAAAUGGUGCAAGAUUCUGAAAAGAGAUUCCAUUCCAUCAUGGACAAGCUAUUCCAUCCUCCCAAACCCCCUUCCUCCUCCAGUUCGUCUGGAGUGCAGUUAUCGGGGAGUAAGAAACGUCCUUACCCGUCAGGGGGGAUUGAGUUGAAUCGGAGGGGGGAUGUUGCUGAGGGACAGCAGUCCUCCUCGGCGGCGUCCACGGCACUGCAGGGACCACUCUGCCGACCGUGGGAUCGUGGUGACUUUAUGAGGAGACUAUCUACAUUCAAAUCUAUGUCAUGGUUUGCUAAACCAAAGGUAGUGAGUGCAGUAAAUUGUGCUAGUAGAGGUUGGAUCAAUGUGGAUAUUGACACCAUAGCCUGCGAAGCAUGUGGAGCACGUCUUCUUUUCUCUACACCAGCAUCUUGGAAUCAGCAACAGGUGGAGAAGGCGGCAUUAGUAUUUAGCUUAAAGUUGGAUAAUGGACAUAAAUUACUUUGCCCAUGGAUUGAUAAUGCCUGCAGUGAAACACUGGCACGAUUUCCUCCUACAACUCCAGAGAUACUAGUUGAAAAUUUCAGAGAACACUGUUUUGCACUCUUGCAACUAUCAGCUCUUCCACGAAUUUCAUCUUCUGCUAUAGCCUACAUUCAAAGCCAAAGUCCACUUCUGGAAGACUUUCUUGGGAAAUCUUUGAUGCUGGAGUGUGGAUAUGGAUCUACUGAAAAUUCUGGGAGUGUGGAUUUUAAUAGUCAGGAGGAACUGAAAUUGUAUUAUCAGGCCCAAAAGCUUAUAAGUUUAUCUGGUUGGAAACUUCGUCCUCUACCUUAUGUAGUUGAGUGUAAGGAUAUAUCAGAGCAGUCUCUUAAAAAUGCAACUACUCUUGCGAUUCAUUCUGCUCGCACUGAUGAAAAUAAAACGGAUGAAAGUUCUAUGGUUUCUAUUGGGGAACAACAAGUGGAUCCCAAUUCUGCAGUAUUGGAUUGCACCCUAUGUGGGGCCACUAUUGGAUUGUGGGCAUUCUGUACAAUUCCUCGGCCAGUGGAAUCAUUCAGACUAGUGGGAUAUGCUGAAGUGAAUGGUGAAAGUGCUUUUGCGGUCCACAAUUUACUGAAUACAGAUGAUCUUGAAGAUAGACAGGGUGCCGUGCCUGAUGUUACAAUUUCAUCAAAAGAUACUUCUUCAAGUCUAAAUAUGACAAUUGCAGGGGGUCCUCCCCCAACAAAGCAAAACUUUAAAGCAAUAAUAUCUCUGCCUGUUAUUGGUCAGAAUUUAUGGGCUCGUCUUUCUUAUGAUUCUAAUUUUAGGGAUCAUGCUUUUGUUAACAAAGGUGGUGAUGAAUCAAAUUUACAGGAGGAAACUGGCAAUAUCAUUAAUGCUUCUAUUGGACAACUUGUUCCCCUGACAUCUGAAACCAGGGAGACAGCAGAUUAUGAAACUGGUUCUCAAGCAAGGAUCUGUGAUUCAGAUAUUAUUGUGGGCACCCAUAAUGCAGUACAAUCAUUUUCUCUUAAGGAUAAGAUGCCUGAACACACAGAUACUGAUAAAUUGAAUAGUUCAGCUGCAGGAUAUUGUAGUAGUUCUCAGAAAGACUCAACUGAAGGCGAAGCACUUUCUGUUUCACGUAAGACUUCAGAUGGCGUAGUUGGUAGUGACAGAGAAGACAAUAUUGAUAGUGAAGAUGUACCUUCUAGUUUAGAGAAAUCUAAGAACCCAGCACUUUCUGAUAAAGCUAUGGAAUUUGAUCCAAUCCGGCAGCACAGACACUUCUGCCCCUGGAUUGCAUCAAUAAAUGGCGGGGAACCUGGGUGGAAACAGACAUUAUCUGCUCUGUAUCAUCAGAAAAAUCAGUUGCCGCAUUCACCAAAUAGAUCUCCCUCAUCUCUUCCCAUUGUUAAGGUGGAUGAUCCUGUGGGUUCAAUUAGAAAGCUUUUCAUGUCUCCACCAACGAAGAGAAUGAAGUCCACUCAUAUUAUAGGGCAAAAUACUUAAUUUCUUGGACCCAGGACCCAGGGCAUAAGAGAAGUACUAAUUCAAGAACAGUUCCCUCGAUCUAGAUGUGUAUACUGUCAUUUUUUUUCUUGGUAUGCUAUUCUAUUUAAAAGCCUUGUAUUUGUUGUAUCAAAGGUAUAAUUUUUUUUUAACUGAUAUAUCUUAACAAAAGCAGGUAAUCUGUUGCACCCUCGAUAACUGUUAUUGACGAUUAGUUUGUCAUUUGGAACCGAGCUGCUGUAAUAUUUUCCCCCAUCGUUUGUAAUACAAAUGACAGACAUUACAUAGGGUUGGAUGACAGUGGUGAUUAUUAUAGAA